GCAACACUCAACUAAAUCGGAAUAGAGCAAGUUUACCUGCCUGCAGUGAAACAAGCUUACAGACAGACGAGUUGAUCAAUCAGUUUAAUACGGUGAUGGAGGAGACGGCGGGCGGCGGCGCUGCUGACCUGCUGAUGGAGUGUGAUGAAGAGGAGCAGAAGGCGGAGAAGCGCGAUGAAGCUCUGCAGGCCGUCGCUGCCGUGAUGGAGGAAGAGGAGGAGGAGGAGAAGGAGGAGGGGCGGGGGGAGCAGGGGGGGUCAGACCCCCCCCCACCAGUCAGGAUCAUCCCCAUCCCACUCGAACCAGUGAACAGCUGCAGCCCCCCCACACACACCAGCACACACAAUAACACAGUGAUGUCGUUGUCAGGUGCUCCUCGGGGCUUCAUGGUGAACGGUCGGCUGGUCCCUCUGCUGCCUGGAGGAGGCGGAGCUGAGCUGAAGCUUCGCUCUCAUCCCGCCGGCUCGGCCAGCGGUUUCACCACUGUUCACAUCCCCGUCACCCUGACGCUGCACAGUCCUGCUGGAACCCGACACAUCAACACCACCGCCUCACUGACCGCCACGCCAGCUGCACCUGAACCUGAACACACCCCCAUCAUCACAGGUGUGGUCUCAGGUGAAGCAGCUCAGAAGGUUUUGAAUGACCACAAUGUGAACUUCGUUACCCAGAAUCCUCAGCUGCAGUCCAGCCCGCCCGUGAAGAGACAGAGGACGACCCCCAUCCCGUCCAGCAGAGGCAGAGGAAGACCUCCGACCGCCAGCAAGCUGCUGCGCAAAGGUCAGCUGGGUCACGUUUCUCCUCCCGACUGUCUCGUCUGCAUGUCUCAGUUCAAACUGAUCACAGAACUACGAGGAUUCAUGUGUCUGUGCAGUCCUGCCAUCGCUCAGAGUCUGAGGAACCUGAGGAGGAAGAAGAAACCUCGCAGGAGGAGCAGAGACAAGAAGAAGAACAAGUCCUCCAGAGAGUCUCAGACCUGCAGCAAAGUGUCCAGAACUCAACCAGGAUCUAAAGGUACCUCUCCCGUCCAGAAGACUCACAGACGGUCCGACGACUUCCUGUCAGACCAGUUCACCGGCCCCGCCUCUCCCGGCGGCGCCUGCAGCCCCCGGCGGGACCCGUCCGAUCCGGCGCCCGACGCCCCCCACGGGAAACUGGUCAUCAUGGUGGAGGACUUUUAUUACGGGUCGGAUUCCGGCCGGAAGCUCGCGAAACUCAACCAGCUGGGCAGGAAGUACACGGGACCGUACCGCUGCAUCCACUGUCCCCAGACGCUCCGCAACAACAUCCAGCUGAUGUCCCACAUGCAGCAGCACGUCUCCAUGAUGUCCCAGCAGGACGGACACAUGGACGCCGUGUCCUCAUGUCCUCACUGCUUCCGUCACUUCAGCUCCCCGUUCAGACUGCAGUGUCACCUGGAGGCGGUUCACAGUCAGUACGAGUCCACAGCGAAGUGUAAGAUCUGUGAGCUGGAGUUCGGUGGUGAGCCGGCGUUUCUGUGGCACAUGAAGAGCACACACAAACCAGGAGAGAUGCCCUACGUCUGCCAGGUGUGUGACUUCAGGUCGUCCUUCUACUCAGACGUCUGGUGUCACUUCCAGGAGUCUCACGCCGACACCAAUCACCUGCUGUGUCAGUACUGUCUGCGCGUGCUGCGCAGCAGCUCCUGCUACCAGCAGCACUUCGCCCGACACCAGAGGAAGACCGUGUUCGGCUGUGAUAAGUGUCGUCUUCACUUCCUGUACGUUAAAGAACGUAUUGAACACAGGAUGCUGCAUCACAGGACUCACAUCAGACCGACUCAACUCACCGGACUCAAACCUGGAACCAAGGUGACUGUCAGGACGUACUCGGUGGUCGGAGGAUCAGAGAAAGCAGAAGCGCAGAAGAAGACAGUCGCUCCGUGUAAGGUGGUCGACGUCGACCCCGGCCCGCCUCCAGAGGAAGCUCCUAAGAGGAAACCUGUGGAGAGUCUGGGACCCCUGCUGACCCAGCUGAGCCAGGACAGUGAGGCGGCGGGUGUCUCUCGUCCCUCCCGGUGUGUCGAGUGUCUCACGGCGGUCAAAGACUUCAGCUCUCACUUCCCGUCUCUGGUCCACUGCUCGCUCUGCAGGUUCACCACCUGCUGCUCCACGUCCUACGCCAACCACAUGAUCAAUAAUCAUGCAGCCUGCAGGAAGAAGCCUCAGUAUCACAGCAUCUUCCAGUCUGACUGCAGGCAGGUUGAGAGGUUGAGAUGUUUGUCGUGUUCAUUCUCCACCUGCAGAGGAGACGUGAUGGCCAAUCACCUGACAGAGAGACCAGAACACACCUGCAGCACGUCAACACACAGCGAGCGAAGAAUCAACGGAGCUGAAAAACAACCAACACACGAGUCUGACAGUGUGACAUCAUCAGGCGGUCGGGGCGGAGCCUUCAUCCCCAUCCACCUCCUCCCCUCCGGUCAGACCUCCCCCCAGCUGUCCGUCAAACCCCUCACCUCCCCCUCCCCCCUCUCCUCUCCGCCCGCCAUGACCAUCAAGUUCCUGGGGCCCCGCCCACAACCCGAACAGUCUGCAGCGUCUCCGUCGGUCUCUCAGCUGGCGGUGCUGCUCGUCUCUCUGUGUGACGGCCUCCCUCAGGCCGCUCGCCGCUUCCAGACGUCUCCGCCGAAGAUCCGCGCGUGGACGGAGGAGCGGGAGCGCCAGCUGUCCGACAGGAAGUGGCGCUGGAAGACGGACAAGAUGGCGGCGUGGGUGCUGAGUCAGCGCGAGCAGCAGCUGCGUCUGAGCGAGGAGACGCUGCUGCAGACGGCGGGGCGAGCGCUGGGAGAGGACAGUCAGCUGAUCGACCGCUACAGCUGGGCCGUCGACUUCAUGCUGCGUCAUCGCCUCGGUCUGCAGCCGACUGGCGGCGGCGGCGAGCAGCACCGCGGCCUGCCGAGAGACAUCAGAGCCCACAGCCUCACCUUCAUCCGCUCGCUCUGCUCAAAGAUCGUAGGCGGCGCUCUGCCUCCUCGCUCCGUCGGCUUCAUGGACGAGCUCUCGGUCUUCAUCGACCUGGACCGGAUGUCCAAUCAGAGCCUCCGGCUGUUCGGGACGCCCGCGGAGACGCCGCUGCUGGACGUGGUCCUGUCCGCUCUGUCUGACGGGACGUUCCUCCCCCCCCUGCUGUUCUUCAGAGGAACUGCGGCCGACGUUCCCGACGGGUUCCCGGAGAACGUGCUGCUGGAGGCUCGACGGGACGGCUUCAGCGAGCAGGAACGCCUGCACAUCUGGACCCGCAAGGUGUGGCGCCCCCACCUGGCCUCUCUGCCCGACAGUCGGUCUCUGCUGAUGGCGGACGUCCAUCGAGGUCACCUGACGGACGAGUUUCAGGACAACAUGAGCGCCUGCUCCACGGAGCUCGUCUUCAUCCCCACCGGCUGCUGCUGCCGCCUGCAGCCGCUCGACCUGUGUGUCACACCUGUCCUCCGAGAGUUCCUGCAGGCCCGCUGGACUCAGCUGGUGUCUCAGGGGGGUCUGGAUGGUCUGACUCUGGAUCAGCUGGCUCUGACUCUGACCUGCUGGUUCAGUGAAGUUUCCUCCACGCUGAACGCUGAAACACACGUCCUGCACAGGUCGUUCUCCUCGGUGUGUAACCUGCAGCAGGUGGAGCAGCAGGAGGAGAAGAAGAAGAUGAUCCGAGCUCUGACCGAGAUGCUCAUCCAGCCGCUGGAUCCCGCCGACCUUCCUCCUCCUCCUCCUCCUCCUCCUCCUCCUCCUCCUCCUCCUCCUCCUACAGCAGCGGAGCAGGUGGAGCUGCUGCUGGUGAUG